GAGGGACGCUGUGACGUUCGUCCCACACACCCUGUCUUCACUAGUGGUCCAGCAGAGCACAACACACUGAGACAGAGAGACAGAGAGAGGGUGGAUGAGAGGGCAAGAAUAAGAAAAGAAGAAAGAAAAGAAGGAAGGCGUGCCAGGCUCUGAUACUUCCACAGAUUUUUUUUAAAAAAUCCAACUAAACAGUUUCACCAUUUUUGCUUUUUAUCAAGUAGCUUAAACAGGAUAAAAACUAAAGAUGCCUAACUUUGCAGGGACCUGGAAGAUGAAAAGCAGUGAAAAUUUCGAAGAGCUCCUCAAAGCCCUCGGGGUGAAUGCCAUGCUAAGGAAAGUGGCCUGUACUGCGGCGUCCAAGCCGUCAGUGGAAAUCCGUCAGAAUGGAGAACAGUUCUACAUCAAGACCUCGACCACCGUCAGAACCACGGAAAUCAACUUUCAGAUCGGACAGGAGUUCAAUGAGGAAACCGUGGACGGGCGGAAAUGCAAGAGCCUGGCCACAUGGGAGACGGAAAAUAAGAUCGCCUGCAGGCAGACACUGUUGGAUGGAAAUGGACCGAAGACAUACUGGACCCGAGAGCUGAGAGGGGAUGAGUUAAUCCUGACAUUUGGAGCCGAUGACGUGGUGUGCACAAGAAUUUAUGUGCGGGAAUGAGCUCCAUGAGAACCAGAUGAAGAAAUCAGUCAGCGCUCACAAGAGUGACACUUCAUUUCCACUUUACAUUACAGAACUUUUUGUACCAAUUUGUAGAAACUUGUGGAAUAGUUUUCUUACACAUAUUGGACCAGGAAAUGUAAUAGCAGUGACUCUUUAUACUGUACAUUGAUAGUAUUUGAUAUAGGGCAUGUAGACGAGUGUAAUACUAUGGAAGUGCUAUUCAUCCUA